AUGAAUCCCUCUACAGCCAAGUUAUGGAAAUCCAACGGCAAUCUAAUAUUCUUACCUGAAGAACUCAUCGUACAGGUCCUAUCAUACCUUCCGGUUAAGUCUUUGACACAACUUAGAUGCGUGAACAAAGCAUGGAACACCAUCAUCUCCGAUCCCAAAUUCAUCAAACUGCACCUUCAACGUUCCACAAAAGACAGGAGGAAUCUUACACAAAUCCUGUGCUUCUUUAAGGAUUCUUGUAUGCAACCAUAUCCCCUCAAUGCUUUACUAAACACCCCUUCAAUGGACGUUCCUACGAUAGAUUACACCGAAAUAUUCUUCUCACACGGUUCCAAUCCCCUCGUUUCCAAUCUCCUCUACCAAUUCAUUGGUUCCUGCAAUGGAUUGCUAUGUUUCCAAGUUUUUUCACCUACUGAUUUUCAAAACACCUUGUUUCAGUUAUGGAACCCAGCCACCAAAGCAUUUUCUAUCUACUUUGGGCCACAUUCAAAUUCUCAUACACAUAUAUAUGACUAUCUCAGGUUUUCUAAGUUUUCAUUUGGUUAUGAUAAUUCAACGAAUACUUAUAAGAUUUUGUAUAUGAGUCCGAACAAAUUCGAAAUAUUUAGUUACGGGGGUAAUGUUUGGAAACUUAUUCAACUUUUUCAUGUGGUUCCUUUAGACCAUUGGAAUAUUGCUCCCAAAAAACGCCGGUUUUACAAUCAAGAUAUGUAUUUGAAUGACACUAUUAACUUCUUGGCCCGAGAUAUUGCUCAACAUAUUGUCAUUAUCUCGUUGAAUCUAGGAACAGAGACAUAUCACGAGUUGCUUCCUCCUAGAGAUUUUGUCGAAGUUCGACUUCAUUUGCCAACUAUUUCUGUGUUGGAAGACUCACUUUGUUUUUGUCACCAUACUCAAAAAACCGAUUUUAUUAUAUGGAAGAUGAAGGAAUUAGGAAUUGAAAAGGCUUGGACUCAAUUUCUUAAAAUAAGCUACCAUGAUUUGGAUAUUCGUAUUAAAUAUAGAUAUUUUUUGACCCCUUUGUGCGUUUAUGAGAGUGGCAUCGCACUAAUUCUAUCAAAUCGUCGUCGUGGAUUGGAAGUGAUUAUAUAUAACUUGAGUGAUAAUAGAAUAGAAAAAACUAGAUUGAGCAAUUUAAAGUGGAUUUUUCCCUAUAAUUAUGUUGAAAGCUUGGUUUCUCCUUAUUAA